ACUCGCCAGUCCGUGAUGCGCAUGCGCGGCGGCUAGGUAACGAAUUUGUUUGGCCGAUGGGUAUAUAGGUGAGGUAGUGUACCCCACGAGCACACUCCACCUCGUCGAAGUUCUCCUACUCUCAAGAUGAAGUUCACCGCCCUCAUCCCCGCCCUCCUUUCUGCCUCCUCCGCCUUCGCACUCGUCCACCCGCGCGCCACCUCCAACACCACCAUCGCCACCUUCCUCUCCGACUCCGUCAACGCCUUCUUCCCCGCACCCGGCAACGACGGCUGGGAAACCGCCUUCGACGCCGCCUUCGCCCCCAACCUCACCGCGACCUUCAACGACGGCAGCUACGACUUCGCGGGCUUCAGAGCGUACUUCGCUGCGGUGAAGGCGAAUUUAGAAAGCAAGUACUCGACGUUCGACCACUCAUUCACGAGCGUCGUGGGCGUGUCGGCGACGGGUGGAAACACGGGCGGGUAUGGGAUCGUGACGGGUGUGGAGGGCGGGGAUGUGAGUGGGACGCAGGUCAAGGGGACGGAUGGUGCUUUUGCGGUCAUUCGGGAGAUCGACGGCGCGCUGAAGAUCACAGAGUGGCACGAGAUCACGAACCUAGGCGCAUGAGUACGACAUCUACAGGGCCGGAAUGGUACAUACUUAUGUGCUGAGUACUAUAUAGUUCACUCACCAAAAAUGAUCAUUGCUGCGAGUAAGCUUGCG